AUGGAUUCGCCAAGACUUAAGAAUUUUGGCCUUUUCAGAGUUGAACUGCAUGGGGAUUCAGCGGAGCGAGAACGUCUGUUGCGCUUCUUCUCAGCACGAUAUCACCAAAGCGAUCCGAGUCUUUUCAAAAGCGUCGAUGAAGUGCACACGCUCACUUGUCUGAAUGUGCCGAAUCUCACAUGGCCUAGAAUUGGGAAGAAGAUGACGAUAAGAGAUUUCAUCAACAAUAUUGCUCACACUGGUGUACACUAUAAACGUGAUCUGCUCAAAGCACUCUACAACAGCAUCAAAGAGCACGAGAUUGUUCACGCAAGCAAGUUCGAGAAACCAGCGAAAAGAAGCAAUUCGAAGCGAUCUUGUGUCUCUCGUCAGCUGCUACUCGAAGUAGAUCCUGAAUCGCAGGUGGAAUACAAAUGUGGUUAUAUCAUGCGAAAAUGUGUUUAUGAUGCAGAUGGCGCAAAAACUCCAUUUGGUCGUCGAGGUUGGCGUGAAUGGUACGCACGUCUUCGUGGCCUGGCGCUUUACCUUGGAAGAGAUGAUAGCGAUAAGAAACGGAGCAGAUAUGAAAUGUUUAAUAAUGCGAUAUUACUCCAUCAUGCGUUUGCCGAGCCGGCUCCAGACUACAAAAAGAAGCAGUACAUAUUCCGAUUGAGAACCGCCGAUCUGGGCGAAUUCCUAUUCCAAACUACUAGUGCUGCGGAAGUCGAUGACUGGGUUAACCAGAUCAACUUCGUCUGCGCCCGAUUCUCAUCGAGGGCGUUGCCGCCUCCGGCCUGCUCGAACGAACGGCACCUUCUCGAGGAUUCGUUUGCCAAAGUUGCCCAGCUCUGCCCCGUUGGCCCAGCAACUCAAGGUAACGGUCGUGCCUCCGCACACGAGUCGGCUGCCUGUGAACUCCGAGAACAAUUGGCUCGUGUUCGACAGGAGGCACCGCCGUUGAAGUCAAGAGGACGACCUGUUGAAGAGUUUUUUCUUCAAAGAACGGUACUUAACUCAAGAGAUACAGCGCUACGACACCUACUGCCAUCUGUCUGCGAAUUCCUCGUCUGCCUGGUGGCCGGUUGUGAGUGGUGCGAAGACUCCUUCCUGAUUUCAAACUGCUCAGGAGUGCAUUCCAAGUCAGACAUCGCCGAUGAACUUGACAAAAUGAGCUAUCGAGAAGCAAUGAAUCACUGA